AUGUUUGAAGAAAAUGCUGAUAAUGUAGAACAAGAUUACGAAAUUGAAUUUCCUGAAUUACAAACGUUCCAAAUUCCUGAAGCACAAACGACCCAAAUUCCUGAAGCUCAAGUGACCCAAAUUCCUAAAACACAAGUGACCCAAAUUACUAAAGUACAAGCGAUCCGAAUUUUUGAAGCACAAGCAACCCAAGUUCCUACAGCACAAACAACUGAAGAUCCUACGGCACAAGCAACUGAAGUACAUAUGGCAAAUCAAGUUUCACCCCAAAUUCAAAAUCCAAAUAAAGUGAAGGCCUCAAGACUUUCUAAAUUAAAAUCCUCCAACGCAAGUAACAAAGAGGCCAAUAAAAACAAACAAUUAAAAAAGGGUAAACGAAAAGCCAAUAAUGCAAGUAACAAAGAAAGCUCCAACCAGUCUGUGACAAAUGUUGAACUAUGUACAAUAGUUAUUGGGUAG